AUGACAGGGUUGGUCUUGCCAUCCCCUAGUGCUCAUGUGGUGGUGUUCCCUCACAUGGCUCAAGGACAUGCACUCCCUUUACUAGACAUAUGCAAGGCCCUCACAAGUCUCGGUGUCAAAGUCACCAUCAUCACCACCCCAAAGAAUGCCCCACUCAUUCUAUCAAAGGUUUUGAACUACUCUGAAAUCUCCUUGCGCACCAUUCAGUUUCCUAGAGUCCCAGAGCUUCUUGAAGGAUGUGAGAACACUGCCGAUCUUCCUUCCAUGGCUCUAUUGGUGCCUUUCUUGAAAGCCACCGAGUCCAUGAGACCCGCCUUUGAAUGUGUUCUCAGGGAGAUGUUGGAAGCCAAGUCUCGCCCGCUCUGCGUAAUUUCUGAUUUCUUCCUGGGAUGGACGCUCAAUGUGUGUCGGUCUUUCGGAAUUCCUAGGAUUGUCUUCCAUGGGAUGGGGGUUUUGUCUAUGGUCAUCAUGAAAGUUGUCAAUGAGAAUGUCCCAUCCAUCUUGGCAAUGCCCGAUUCCGAUCCUAUUAAAUUGCCGAAGUUGAGUAUUCCUUUCACAGUUAAUAAAUGCGACAUCACCAUUUUAGAGAGGUGCAAAGACCCAAAUGACCCUUUCUUGUCUAUACUAGCAGCAAUUCGAGAGGCAGAUGCAAAUAGUGAGGGGGUUAUCGUCAAUAGCUUCGAAGAGCUCGAAGGUGAUUAUAUUGCUGCCCUGGAAAAAUUUUACUACCAAGGGGCAAGAGCUUGGUGCAUUGGGCCGGCUUUGCUCUAUGACCAGAAUCAAAUAGAGAGGCCUGUGAGAUCCAAACAAGCAGACCCAUCUCAGUCCUACAUCGAGUGGUUGGACGAGCGUGUUGGAAGCGGCGGGGUGAUGUAUGUAUCAUUCGGAACACAAGCACACUUGAGUGACAUGCAGAUGGACAAUAUAGCUCACGGACUGCAGAUGGCAGGGCAUCUGUUCAUAUGGGCAGUGAAAUCGACAACCUUGUCCAUGGGGGUGCCAAUACUGGCGUGGGCGAUGGGUGCUGAACAGCCAUUUAAUGCUAAGCUUGUGGUGACGAGGUUCAAGGCUGGGGUGAUGGUGAGAGAAAGUGGUGUCGGAGGGACAAUUGCUAGUGAGGUGAUAAGGGAUGGAGUUAAGGAGUUGAUGGGAGGGGAGAGAGGAAGGCAGGCUAGGGACAGGGCAAGAGAGAUUGGUAGAUUGGCAAGGAUGGCACACACUAAUAGAUCUCGCAUCGCCAUCAUCACUGUAGUCAUGCUAGUCUCGAGGCAUAAGGCGCUUUCGUCCCAGCAUCGUUUCGGCGAGGGCAAAAGUGUGAUCAUCAUCAUGAAGUAUCCUAGCAGCACAUUCAGGGGUGGAGUAAUUAGCUGCACAGUGAGGGUGCAGUUAAAGAUCACACUCCUUACAGUAGUAGCAGAAACCGCAUACUACCAAGUGGCCGGGUCGGCAGAGUUUGUGUUGAUUUCUGAGGACGAGCGGGCGACGUGGGUGAUGCGGGUUUGGGAGUUCUCGGGGCAAAUUAAGAUCUAA